AUGCCGCCAUAUACCUACGAUCAUUCCGGCGAUAACAUACACAGCCUGCUUUUUGAACUCAUCCGCCACAACAUCGAACACACACUCGAUCUCGCGACUCGCAAUAGCAAAUCUAAUACUAACUGGUCCCCCGCGCCCCCAGACCACACACCUUUGAUAGUUUUCUUCCCCCAAACCACCCAAGAGACAUCCCUCAUCCUAAAAACGUGCAAUGAGCGACGUAUAGCCGUAACACCCUUUUCCGGCGGCACAAGUUUCGGCGGCGCGCUCGCAGCUACAAAAGGGGGAAUAUGUAUAAGUUUCGAGCGGAUGAAGAGUAUCGUCGCGUUACAUGAAGAUGACAUGGAUGUUGUGGUGCAGCCAGGAUUGGGGUGGGUGGAGUUGAAUGAAAGGUUGGCAGAGAAGGGGUUAUUCUUCCCUGUCGAUCCUGCUCCGGGGGCGAAGAUAGGUGGUAUGGUAGCAAUGUCCUGCUCCGGAACAAACGCCUACCACUACGGCACCAUGAAAGAAAACGUCAUAUCACUGACCUGCGUGCUACCGUCCGGCGCGAUCAUAAAAACGCACAACAGGCCGCGCAAAUCAUCCGCUGGCUACGACCUCACACAUCUCGUCAUCGGCUCCGAAGGCACCCUCGCCCUCGUCACAGAAGCCGUCCUGCGUCUCGCGCCUUUGCCCCAGAACUUGCACGUCGGUCUAGCCACAUUCCCCACUUUCCAAGCCGGGGUCCAAGUCGUCGUCUCGCUCCAAAAACUGGGCCACCGACUUGAAGCACUAGAGUUGGCAGACGGACCGCAAAUGCAGUGUGUCAACGUGUCUGGCCUCGCACCCGCACGCGUGUUUAAAGAAGUGCCAACGCUGUUUUUCAAGAUCGCAGGGCCAUCGGUGCAUAUCGUUCAAAACCAGAUAGCCAUCAUGCAAGAGUUGUGUAAAGCACAGGGAGCAUCUAGCGUUGAAAUUACAAAUGAAGAGAGUGCGGUCGGUGUGAUUUGGGGCGCGCGGAAAUGCAUGGGCACGGCUCUUCUUGCUAUGAAGAAGAAAGCUACUGACCUCUUCUUACACAGCGACUGCGCGGUUCCCAUUUCGAAUCUCUCCCGUCUCGUUGCUGGAACUCAGGAUCUCAUCGCCAAAGCUUCAGUCACGAAUCAAGCAGAUUGGUUCUGUGCCAACGUCGGCCACAUCGGGGACGGCAACGUCCACUCCAGCAUUGUGUGUCCACAGGAGCACUAUGACGCUGCAAUGAGUGUCAUCAUGGACAUCGCGAGGCUGGCGCUUAGCUUAGAGGGCACGAUAACGGGCGAGCAUGGCGUUGGGAUGAAGUUGAGAGAUGCGUUGGAGGAGGAAGUAGGGAGUGAGGGUGUGGAGGUGAUGAGGGGAGUUAAGAGGGCGUUGGACCCAAGGGGCAUUUUGAAUCCGGAUAAGGUUUUUAGGCUGGAGGGGGAGGGGGGUGAGUCUAAACUCUAA